GAUGUCAGACUCCAGUCAUGUCGACCCUGCUCAGCACCAUCAGCACCAUCAUGGCUUUUCUACGGAGACUUAUCUGAUGAUGGAUCUGUUCCGCAGAGGAGAGCUGGGGCUGUUGGGAGGAGGAGAGGGCCUGAGGGACGACGUGGGCAUUCCUGGGAUCAGCUGGCCGGCCAAUCGGCUGCCAGAGGACAUGUAUCCGGCGUCAGGGUUGGCCCUGGCCGCCGCCUAUCAUGACAUCAAGACCCGGCUGGCAAGUCUGGAGAGAGAGAACAGCAGCAUCAAGAGGAAGCUCAAACACUACGAGUUUCCUAUGGUCAGUGAAUUUGGAGAGGAGAGGAUCCUAUGCUGUUCCUGUGAGCCCAUCGUCAAAGACACCAGUGUCAUUCAAUCAGAAACCACCAACCUGCAACAGAGGAUCAACUCUCUCACUCAGGAGCUCCAGAAGAGCAAGGAAAGAGAGGAGAGGUUGGAGGAGGUCAUCCAGGCUUAUGAGAAGAUUCACUUGGAGAAAAGCAAUGUCCAGAGAGACCUGGACAAGAUGACGACUCUAGCGGAGCAGCAUGUGGAGCACAUCUGCGGUCUGGAGUCGGCACUCAGACAAAGAGAAAGCUCCGUGCAGAAGCUCAAUGCCCAACUCCGGAGCAAAGGCACACUUCAGUCUCAACUCCACACCAGCCUGGACGUACCCAGGGAGGGCCGCGGGCCGACCCUGCAGAGCUCCCGCAGCCUGGACGCCCUGUCCGACCUGAAGCUGCAGCAGCUGGAGGCCGAGCUGGAGGGGGCCCAGUGCCAGGCGGAGGCCGCCCGCCAGAGGGAGGCCGAGUUGAGGGCCGACGUCCAAAGGCUGCAGCAGGAGGUGGUCCAGCUACGAGGAGCGCAGAGACAGGACUCGUCCCAGCACUGUGAGCACUGUGACGUGGAGUGGAUCAAGAAAGCCGGGGACGAGCAGGUGAACCUGGCAUUGGCCUACACCGAGCUGACCGAGGAGCUGGGCCGUGUUCGCAACCUGGCGGUUAAACAGAGUGACCUCCUGAGACGUGUCUCUCAGGACCCUGUUCCUCGUCCGACCCCGGCUCCUCAGCAUCUCUCUCCGACGUCCCCCCAGCGCCCCUUGCUCUCCCCCGACAGGCUCUUCCCCGCCGCCUCCCCUCCUCUCUCCCCAAGUGGCGGCCCCGCCUCCUACUCCCACCAGCCGACCUGCAGCCGCCUGCGGGCCACGUUCCAGGGUCGCCGUAGUUACUCAGAGGUGUCUGACCCGUCCGGCACCCAUAGGCCCCCAGGGUGGCGGAUGAGAGAUCCAGUGUCCACCCUCCCAAAACCCAGGCCCCUCCUGGGGGAGAAGCAGGGUUACGGGCAAAUCAAAGCUCAGCUGCGCACCUCCUUGGUGGGCCUGAUCCGACCAGCCUCGGCUCAGGGGGCCGGGGGGGAGAGAGGAGGAGGAGGAGGGGGAGGUGGGGGAGGGGACAGAGGUGGGGGGAGCAGUCUGACCAGCAGUCCUCAUCACUGUGCCGUGGACCUGGGCUUCCCCCGGGCUUCUGAGGUCCAUCGCUUUCGUCGACUUGAGAACCCACCUGAGCCCGCCUCCUUGGUGACCCCGCCGCAGUCCUCUGAUGAGGAAGAGGAUGUGUGCACAUACCUGUCGCCGGCUGCCAGCCCGCCUCGGACGCUCGGUGCGAUGGGCUCGACGUUGCGCAGGGACCCCCCCCUGCACCACUCCUUCUCGUCUCCUAGGAAACAGCCCCACCACCCGUCCUUCUCGUCCCCCGAGGGCCCUGCCACCCUGUCCUGUCAUCUGCCUCCCUACAUGACCUCUGAGCACGCUCAGUCGUGGCCCUCCAUCAACUUAUGGAUGGAGUCAGAAGAGAGUGCUGUCCGGAGCUGUCCUCUGUGUCAGCUGACCUUUCCAACCGGUUACCCUGACGACGCCCUCAUCAAACACAUUGACUCCCACUUAGAGAACAGCAAGAUCUAACUAGUUAUUUCAUUUUCAUUUGAGCUUCUUCUUCCUACGGACCUCUGCAGCCAUGGCGUUCUCUUCUGGGGGACACGUGGCUUGUUUAAGGGGCACUUCACGUCGCCUCUCCUUCCAGAUGUGGCAUCUAACCAGCAACCCUUUGCUUACAGAACAAAUUAGUUUUUAAGUUACUUUUUUUUCUUCUUUCAGAACCAAACUCACUCAGACACCAACUUCACCUGUAAAUAGAGCAUCUGGCAUAUGCAACAUCUGGCAUAUGCAAAUUUGGGAACACCCGGCACCCACACAGCCUCUCGUGUUGGUUUGUGGGGGGGUCAAUAAGAUUUCUGGACCUGCAAUAAACAGCUGUGUAAUAAAAAGAUUACAACAAAUAGUCUGCAGAAGUAAUUCAGUCAACAAAACAAACACAACACGGCGUGUGGAACAAGGCGUGUUGGAGGAUCAGUAAUGAAAGAGGCCGACCUACAAGUCGUCUAAUGAUACUUUGGGGAACUUUUUCUGAUAUUGAAACCGUCUCCAUGUAACAGACUGUAUGUGAGAAGUUGGUUUGAGGGCCGAUGUUUUGAAGACUUGAGUUUGUCCAUUUCUCCGUCGCCAUGUUGAAUCACGGCCCGGUGCCAUAUGGAUUUAUUUUUUCUGCAUCCAAAGAACAGAAGUGACCAUAUUUGGUGUUGAGGAGGGACGUAGAGACGGCGUCCUGCUGCCAGGAGCAGGGUUCCACAUCACUAACCCCCCGCUGCUGGAGGAUCCGUCCCGAUUGCUGUGAAGGCAAAGGAGGCUCAGGAGAGCCAGAACCAGGCUGUCAGACUCGGUCAAAUGAGACGCACACUGGUGCUCAGAAACGGUACUUAUUCAGUCCACGGGCCGCCCAAGACAGUACAAAAUGAAAAUUCCUCACGGUAGCUUUAAUGAAAAAAUAAGGACAGCAAAAAAAAGGCACCUACUGCCAUAUUUUGGUGUGGUAAUGAAAGUGCCUUGGGAAAACCACAACCUUUAUUUUGAAAAGGCAGAGACGAACAAACAAGGAGUUGAAAAAAACUAUUUCGGUUUUAUUAUGAAAUGUUC